AUUGAAGUCUAGUUAGCUAUAAGAAUGUCUUGUUAAACCCAUAAAAUAAGGCAUGUCUACACGGAAUAUUUUCUCAACUGAUGUUGGGCUGUACGAACACACAAUUAUGAGCUGUUUUUCAUAAAUGCAUCCUAAAUUGAUGCUUUACUCCCACAAUAUUUAGCAUGCAUGAUUGUUUUGACAAUCUCACAGCAACAUUUGCAAGUGGGCGCCUUGCUAUAUUUAGUGGAUGCUUUGUCCAUUUUAAAACAUUCGCCUUCCUUUUCUUUACUUUUAAUUCAAGAUGGUUCAAUUUACCCAUAUUCUCUAUAUUGGUUUAGCUAUUGCCACUAGUGCUCAAGCAGCUGCUAUCAGUCGACUUGCUUCUGCUGUUUCUUCUUCUUCUUCUUCUUCUUCUGUUAUUGCCGAUAUUGAACCUGCUGAAUAUCAACAACUUGUGAGUUGUCGACUUAUGCCUGUCUGCUAUUCCAAAUCUACUGUUUUUAUUCAAGAUCCUUGUAGAGCAGAAUUUGGUACUGGAUGGGCAAGAGUUUUUGAUCUUCCUUGUCUUACAAACCCUGUCAAUGUUCAAUACCUUUGCUGCAAAUCCUGAUUUGUUAGAAAUAAAGAAUUGUUUUAUACAAUCUAGUGCUUAGAGUUGUAAACUGUGCAUUUACAGUGAUUGGAG